CGGCCGCGGCGGACACUUCUCUGGGAGGGACUGUCCCGUGGCACCCGGUGGAACCGAGGAGAACGUGGAGCGCCGGGAGCAGCGAAUAUGGACGACUGCAGCCUGGAUGAGUUCCGUCGGCGCUGGCAGGAGGAGCUGGCGCAGGCCCAGGCGCCGAGGAAGCGGCGACGGCCCGAGGCUGCCGAGAGGCGGGCUCGGCGGCUGGAGGUGGUCCCCGGGCGCGGCGGACAGGCCUCGGGGGACCCGGCGCUGGCCCAGGGUCUCCUGGAGGGCGCGGGGAGGCCCCCGGCAGCGCGGGCGACUCGGACCGAGGGGCAGGACGUGGCGAGCCGCUCCCGUUCUCCUCUGGCCCGCGAGGGUGCCGGGGGCGGGGAGCAGCUGGUGGACCAGCUCAUCCGCGACCUGAAUGAAAUGAAUGAUGUGCCUUUCUUUGAUAUCCAACUGCCUUAUGAAUUGGCAAUCAAUAUAUUUCAGUACCUGGACAGGAAAGAACUAGGAAGAUGUGCACAGGUGAGCAAGACGUGGAAGGUGAUUGCGGAGGAUGAGGUGCUGUGGUUCAGGCUGUGCCAGCAGGAAGGGCACCUUCCGGAUAGCAGCAUCUCUGACUAUUCUUGCUGGAAGCUCAUCUUCCAAGAGUGCCGAGCCAAGGAACACAUGUUACGAACCAACUGGAAGAAUCGCAAAGGUGCCGUGAGCGAGCUGGAGCACAUUCCUGACGCGGUUUUGUGUGAUGUGCAUUCUCACGAUGGCGUGGUCAUUGCUGGAUAUACAUCAGGGGACGUGAGAGUGUGGGACACCCGCACCUGGGACUACGUAGCCCCCUUCCUGGAAUCAGAGGACGAGGAGGACGAGCCUGGAAUGCAGCCAAAUGUCUCCUUUGUGAGGAUAAACAGCUCGCUGGCAGUAGCAGCUUAUGAGGAUGGGUUUCUUAAUAUUUGGGAUUUAAGGACCGGAAAGUACCCUGUUCAUCGUUUUGAACAUGAUGCAAGAAUACAGGCACUAGCCCUCAGCCAGGACGAUGCAACUGUGGCCACAGCCUCUGCUUUUGAUGUUGUGAUGCUGUCCCCCAGUGAGGAGGGGUACUGGCAGAUAGCUGCGGAAUUUGAAGUUCCGAAACUGGUUCAGUACCUUGAAAUAGUUCCAGAAACUGGAAGGUACCCUGUGGCAGUAGCCGCUGCUGGAGAUCUGAUGUACCUGCUCAAAGCCGAAGACUCUGCCAGAACCCUCCUUUACGCCCACGGCCCGCCUGUCACAUGUCUAGACGUCUCUGCCAACCAAGUUGCUUUUGGUGUACAGGGCCUGGGAUGGGUGUACGAAGGAAGCAAGAUCCUGGUAUAUAGCCUGGAAGCAGGACGCCGCCUCUUGAAGCUGGGUAACGUUCUCCGUGACUUCACAUGUGUCAACCUCAGCGACAGCCCUCCCAACCUCAUGGUCAGUGGCAACAUGGACGGGAGGGUGAGGAUCCAUGACCUCCGCAGCGGUAACAUCGCCCUGUCGCUCUCUGCCCACCAGCUUGGGGUCUCUGCCGUGCAGAUGGACGACUGGAAGAUCGUCAGCGGAGGCGAGGAAGGCCUGGUGUCCGUGUGGGAUUAUCGGACGAACCAAAAGCUGUGGGAGGUGUAUUCUGGACACCCUGUGCAGCACAUCUCAUUCAGCAGCCACAGCCUCAUCACGGCCAACGUGCCCUACCAGACGGUGAUGCGAAAAGCCGACCUGGACAGCUUCACUACUCACAGGAGACACCGGGGGCUGAUCCGUGCCUACGAGUUUGCAGUGGACCAGCUGGCCUUCCAGAGCCCUCUCCCUGUCUGCCGUUCAUCCUGUGACGCCAUGGCCACUCACUACUAUGACCUCGCACUGGCCUUUCCCUAUAACCACGUUUAGGGAUGUGCCUCAGGAGCACGGAGAAAAAUGGGAGGAACCAGUGUUAUCCAUCUUAAAACUCCAGGCAGCUCUGCACAGGUGGUAAAUGUUUAGGGGAAGAAAGCAGCCCAGGGUGCUGUGCCUGACGGCAUGUGUCUCCCUGACCCCUGCACUUCCCCGGCGCCUGGGGCAACCUGGUGUAUGCUGGGGCUCAAGUCCCACAUGCUGCCAACACAAACAUAGCCUCCUUCCCCACCCAGCCGGCCACUCUGGCCUCAGCUCCCUCAGGACACCUCCGGGAUCUCGCUGUGGGGUCCCAUAUGGUCCCUGCUCAACCAGCUUCUCUGUGUUCGCCUUCCCAGCUCCAGCCCUGCAGGCCGUCUUUCCAGUCUCCAGUCCCUUCCCUCUUUUCCUCCAAGGGCCUUUGGAUGUGCUUGUCCCUGGCCUCCAAGGCAAUAACCUCCAUGUCCUUUUCCCUGUAUUUACUUAGGGUGCUCUCUGUGACACUUGCCGCCACCACCACCUUCCAGUAGCAAGCUGGUAGAGCAGUACUUUUUCUUCACAGCUUUUACCAUGGUUUAUAAUUAUAUACUUACACAGUUUAGUCAUUAAUGACUAUUUUGCUUACUGUUGUGUCUAUGAUGUGUGAUACAAAGCAAAUAUUUUCUAAAUAUUCAUUGACUAAACAGCCUUCAAGAUGAACAGGACAGGAGAGAACUGUUCAGUGUGAUACAGAGCUGCCAUUUCCAAAGUAUUCUGGAAGCAAGCCAUUGCCUUACUCUUGAUUUUCAACAGUUCUAAACGCAACAGCAUCCACCUAAUAUACCUUCAGAAUAUCAAAGCAAAAACAGAUAGAACUACAAAGAGCAAUAAAAUCCAUUCUCACAGCAGGCAAAUCAGUGAGAAAAACGUAAAGAGCUGGAAGAUUUACUUAAUAUCUCUAACAAGCUGGAUCCGAUAGAUGUGUAUAGAAUUUCAGAUACACAUAGAACAUGACAAAAAACCACCCUGUACGAAGGCCACAAAGAACAGCUCAGAUGCACAAAGAUUCGCACCAUACAGGCCAAAUUAUAGAACCCUCCAACCCCGAGACACUGCACCCUGUGGGCCAGACCCGCAGGCAGAGCCCUGCUUUUCUAGGAAUUGACCCCCAUGCAGAAUAGUGAGAAAUCAACAAAAAGCAAAAUAAGACAAUUCCAGACACUCCCGAAUUCACUUGGAUUUAAAGAAGUUAAUAAAAACAAACUAUAAACUC